UCACCUGGUCCUUUGCUCACUCAGCCCCUCGGAGCCAACCCCGCAGCACCUCUGCGGGUCCUGGGAAGGAGAUGCUGCUCCGCUGCUUCCACACAGAGCAGAGACUCUCGGCCGCACAUGAAGCAGACCAGGAUCUCGUCCUUCUUCAGCAGAACAGAUGAAACAGACAAAGAAAACUGCAGGCCGCAUCCUUCCAUCCCGCAUAAGGACUGGAAAGGAAAAGGUAUUUCUAUGGCUGCCUCCCCUGUGAAGAUCUUGGCUUUGCCGCGGAUGGAGGGAGCCCAACACCAACCACCCUUCCGAGGCAAGGAGGGGACAGCACCGGUUACAGCCCAGUGUUGUGCAGAUCCUCUCACAGAGCCACAGGUGGAGGUCUCCAGUGGGGUAGGAGAGGGUCGCUGGUGCUCCAGCCCCGCACGCGGUUCAGAGGGCACCCAGCUCAUCCCUCACACACACAAAGCCCAGUUGGUGGCUGGAGAAGCAGCUUCAUCCAGCAGCAGCAGGGGAUGCAAACCAGAGGGCCUGGAACCCCCUGAGGAGGCAAAGGCAGGACUUGACUUCCACUGGAGACUUGGUGCAGAGCAGAAUAAGAAACCACAGCAAGGGAGCAGUGUUAAUGCUUUAAGUGAUUUCACUGAGAACAGAAACCCCGCUGUCAUGAGCAGCAGGACCGAGGCUCCUGGCUUUCAUCUGUCUCCACAGGGACCAGGUAGAGCGUGGCCCCUGCGAGAGCGCAGCCAGAACGCGGGUGCUGCUUCAGCUGAGGCAGGAUGGGACAGUCCCCGCAGGGAGCUCUUCACCCAGGACUCGGAAGGGAACAGGGUGAUCGCUCACUGGGAGGUCCCAUCUCCAUGCAGGCAGCUGCCCUGCUCUCCCUCCAAGGGCUGUUCCAGCAGUGCUGCAGGAUGGAGCUGGAGCGAAGGGGAGCAGGAGCCGGAGCUGGGCUAUGAGCUGCUGUUCACGCAGGAUUCGGAGGGGGGCAGAGUGAUCAAGCACUGACCCGAGCCCUCGAACGGGUUGGGCAGCCUCUGGAAAGCG